CUCCUCCUCCCGGAAGAUGGGCGGCGCAUGCCCGCCCAACAAAAAGAGCCACAUGGUGGCUGCGGAGCGCCCUGCAGCGCCGGCUCCGCGCUCAGCUCCGCGGCUCCGCCGCCCCGCGCCGCGCAGCCAUGUCGGGCAACGCGGUGAAGAAGAGGAGCUCGGCGGCCUCCUCGGCCUCCUCGCUGGCGCAGGAGGAGGAGAAGCAGGCGAUGGAGAAGAUGCUGGAGCCGGCGGCGGGCGGCGGCGGGGCGCAGGAGAACGGCUGCGCCCGGCCGCCCUCGCCCUGCUCCGCCGCCGCCGACGGGGUGGCCCUGCAGCGCUCCAUCACGCUGCUCAACGGCGUGGCCAUCAUCGUGGGCACCAUCAUCGGCUCGGGCAUCUUCGUGACCCCCACGGGCGUGCUGCGGGAGGCCGGCUCGCCGGGGCUGUCGCUGGUGGUGUGGGCCGUCUGCGGGGCCUUCUCCAUCGUGGGCGCGCUGUGCUACGCGGAGCUGGGCACCACCAUCACCAAGUCCGGCGGGGACUAUGCCUACAUGCUGGAGGUGUACGGCUCGCUGCCCGCCUUCCUCAAGCUCUGGAUAGAGCUGCUCAUCAUCCGGCCCUCCUCGCAAUACAUCGUGGCCCUGGUCUUCGCCACCUACCUGCUCAAGCCCAUCUUCCCCACCUGCCCGGUGCCCAACGAGGCUGCCAAGCUGGUGGCCUGCCUCUGUGUCCUGCUACUCACAGCAGUGAACUGUUACAGUGUGAAAGCUGCUACUCGUGUUCAGGAUGCCUUUGCUGCGGCAAAACUGCUGGCGCUGGCUCUGAUCAUCAUUCUUGGCUUCGUUCAGCUUGCAAAGGGUGAUGUGACAAACCUCACUCCUGAACAUUCCUUUGAAGGCACAAAAGUUGAUGUGGGGAGCAUCGUGUUAGCCUUGUACAGUGGUCUCUUUGCCUAUGGAGGAUGGAAUUACUUGAAUUUUGUUACAGAAGAGAUGAUAAAUCCCUACAGAAACCUGCCUCUGGCUAUCAUCAUCUCACUACCUGUAGUCACUUUGGUUUAUGUGUUGACAAACUUGGCUUACUUCACAACCCUGUCGACAGAGCAGAUGCUGACGUCCGAAGCUGUGGCUGUGGACUUUGGGAACUAUCACCUCGGUGUCAUGUCCUGGAUCAUACCUGUCUUUGUUGGCUUAUCGUGCUUUGGAUCUGUUAAUGGAUCUCUCUUCACUUCUUCCCGGCUGUUCUUUGUGGGAUCCCGAGAAGGACACCUACCUUCAAUCCUGUCUAUGAUUCACCCUAGGCUUCUCACUCCAGUGCCAUCCCUCAUCUUUACGUGUGUCAUGACCCUGCUCUAUGCCUUCUCCAACAACAUUUUCUCAGUCAUCAACUUCUUCAGCUUCUUCAACUGGCUGUGUGUGGCUCUGGCCAUCAUCGGCAUGAUGUGGCUGCGUUACAAGAAGCCAGAGCUGGAAAGGCCCAUCAAGGUGAACAUCUGCCUGCCCAUUUUCUUCAUCCUGGCCUGCUUGUUUCUCAUCGCUGUUUCCUUCUGGAUGACACCAAAGGAAUGUGCAAUUGGCUUUGCAAUCAUCUUCAGUGGGAUCCCCGUUUACUUCUUUGGGGUCUGGUGGCAAAACAAGCCCAAGUGGAUUCUCCAAGGCAUCUUCUCCACAACUGUCCUGUGCCAGAAACUGAUGGAAGUGGUUCCACAAGAAUCAUAAGCGGGAAAAGCAGAGACAUUCAGCUUGAGGAGACGCACAAUAUUAUUUUAAGACGACACAAGAAGAAAACGCUUCUGAUCCCUCGUAAACGAAACCUAGGCGCUGGAGCACCCCAGCGCUGCUCCACAUCUGACACCGUGCCACCUGCUCUGCCUUGCCUCCUCCAGCUCCCCCGUCGCCCCCUUUUAGUCUGGCAGAUGAGCAACCCUGCGAUGAAAAGUUCUGGGUACAAAUGCGGGCCAGGACGAGGAAUUCCUGCUGGCAACUUCAAAGGGGUCCAGUGUGUCUGGCAGCAGGGAGUCCCGUCAGCCUGUGUGUGUGUGUGAGAUGUUGAGGGCUAUACUUCAGUUCUGCAUAGGCUUACUCGUUCUGUUUUGUAAAGCUAAGGUUAGCAAUGAGCUGCAUAUCCUCAGGGCUGUGGCAGAGCUGCUUACAGACGCAAUUUUAGCAUUGCCAGCCAAAGGAAUGGGCCAGCGUCAGGGGCUGGGCCUGUGCACCGUAACAUGGCCGCAGGGUGGUCCUGAGUCAGACUCGUCUGACUUACCUGGCCGAGGGAGGUGUUUGGAAAGCAAAGAUCGGUAAAGGGCUUUGGUUGGUGUUGGUUCACAUACCACACAAAUACACACACAUGCACACACACAGUCGUACAAAAUACAUGCUGAAUGCUUUGGAGUCUGCCCUGAAAGUGCCCCUGGCAGUGAUUUAUGUGAGACAAGGCAGAGCAGAAUUAGCGUUGCAGAAAGGGUGUGGGGGACCACGUUUGACUUUCAUUCUGUUCCUGAAAAGAGCGCUCUGAGUCCCCUUCAGCUGCCUGGCAUUUAGCUCCUGGGUCCAAGCCAUCUCCCUGUUACUGAGCUGCCAUCUGAGCUGGUUCUCCUGGGUUGCUCUUUACCAGAAUGCUCCCCUCACAGCCCUGUGAAUUAGCAUGAGCAGCAGGUACAGGCCAAAGGGUGGAACUCCACCUGGUAAACCCAGGGGAUUGCAAGCAGCAGAAGGCCAGGUCCUUGGAUUGCUCAUCCCAUGUUUUUCUGUAGACUGGCUGCCACCCAGCAUGGGAUGGGCAGCGUGUUGCUCUCCAAAUGGCCCUGCUCAUAGCCCUCAGUGUGACUGAUGAUCACCCCUAAAUCAACCAUAAAGAGAAAGUGCGGCUGGGGUCGUCCUUGUUCGUUCUCAUGUCUGUGACCUGACUGUCACCAUGCCCUUCCUUAUGCUGUGUUUCUUCUAAUAGGUGCAGGGGAGAUGGGACCAACCACUGCAGACAGUGGCAGAUGUCCCUGGACGGCUGGAGCUUUGCUUUGCUGUCGCUCUGCUGUGGAUGGUCUGUUUUGCUCUUUGCUCUAAGCAGCAGGGCACUGGAGGCCUGUUCCUCCUCUGUGCAAAACUGCAGCCUCAGGCUGUGCUUGGCUGGCAGGAGAUCCACCGCGGACAGCCUGCCUUUGGGAGAGCGCAAGCCGUGAUCUGCCAGUGGAAGCUUGUUUUGUUGUCGUGGGUGGUUGCAGUCCUGUCCCCUAAGCCCACCCCGAAUUCCUGUGCUCACAAGUGGAGCAGCUUCGCCUCUCUUGUUCCCAGGUGGUCAGAGCUGUCCUCUUAGGAACGUGUUGCUUUAUUUGGUCAAAAGUAUCACCUUUUAAGCAAAAGUGCAGUUCUUUAGCAAUUGUUCAUAAUGGCUCUGCACUCAAGGUGAUAGCUACUUGGAAGUCAAAAGCAUCUUUUCCCUGCAAGUGAGGUGCACUAGUCUGUUACAAAUCUUUGUGCUUGUGCAUUAGAAAAUGAGUUGUUGAACUUUUUCUCUUCAGUGUUUUUGUAAACUAUGUGGUUUGGAAGCCAGGAUCCUCCAAGAGUUAAUGUUUUGUACUGGAUUCUCCUCUUAGCGUAGAAUUAUUUUGGAAGAAGAGGCAUUAAGGAUACCAAUGAUACUAGCUAGCACUCUGUCCUUUUAGGAGGCUUUUUGGCAAAAAGUUUGAGUUGAUAGUAGGUGGCAGCUUCUUUUCAAGUGCGUGUGACAAUGACCAUGGUUAAAUCAACAAUUUACUUCGAGCAGCUAUUUGUUAUUGCUACGCCAGCCACACAUCUUUGCUUUGAGGCAGCGUAGGAGGAAGAGGUGACACAAUCAUUACGCUGAAACCUUUGCUGUCAGUCACUUAUUCCAUGGCAGUGCAGUGUGGAGAUGCCCAGCCGGCUCAGGUACCACUUUAGCGGCAUUAGCAUAGAGCUCUGCUUGAGCUAAGUUAACCUGCGGAGAAUCACAGCUGGUUUGGGUAUCUCUGCAGUGCAAAAGCACCCAAAGCUAUGGCCAGUGUGUGGCUGUUCAGGGACCUAUGUGCAAUGAAUUGGGGCAUCUCAGAUCCAGUGCCUGUGGAGAGGCAUUUGCAUAAAUAAGGUCAUGAACUGUAAAACCUGAACUAUAUUUUCCCUUAGAGGGAAUCCUCUUCCAGCUGAAGGCUGAGUUGUUUUGGCAGGGUAGUGAUGGGAGGUCACUACCUGUGCUGGACUUGUUUCUUAGACAGAGAACCUCAGUCUGUCACCUUCCACUCAAGCUGUAGUUUCCCAGUUGUAAUAUUCUCAGGACCACUUUGCCUGCAGGGCCUGGGUUGAACUUGGGGGCUCCCAGUGCUAAUAUAUACCAGCAGAAUUAGUUGUGAAGCAAAGGAAAAGGAUUCUCUCUUUCAGCCACCUCAAUCUAAUACAAAUUAGCACUCAAGUCCAAUCCACAGAGAGCUCAGAAAUUGGUCCAAGUCUCCCUAAGGCAUGGGGGAUGCUUGGUUUGGACACAUCUUUGAGUUUCAUCAUUGAUGAAGAACAUCACCAGAUGAUAUCCUCUUGAUGAACCUUUUGCAGUGGUUUUAAAGAGGAGAUAUCACACUGAGAAUUAUUUUUUUUAUAAAUUGAUCUUAAUUAAAUCCUUAACUUGCUUGCUCAUUAAGAACUUUCCUUCAUUAUUUUCCACUUGCUGCUAAAGAUUUUUUUGUAUUAACCUGCUGGCUGUGGCAUUUACGUCACAAUGUUUCAUGGUGAUAUUGCCAUCGUUUGUGUGGCAGCAGGAAAAAACUGAACCAGGUACCAGCACAGAAUCGCAUAAAUACUGAAUUCGGUAAGCCGCAGCUCAAAUCUCAGUCUGUCUUAGGACAAAGUUCACCUUUCAAAAACCUGAUCUUUUUUAUCCCUGAUUCAUGGAUCCCAUAGUCCCCAAUCCCCCCCCCCCUUUUUUUUCUUCUGAAUUUUAGAGAGAUUGUGAGUAAAGGGGUAAAACUGGUGGAAUUUCAUUUCUAAAAGAAAACACGACUAAAGCAGUUUCUGCAAUGGAUGAAAUUGCUGCUAAUGAUACUGAUGCUGCUACAGCAUUCACAGUCCACUGCAAAAGCUUGUAAUGGUUGCAUCAGAGAACAGCAGUAUCUGCAGCCUUCUAAGGCUUGUCAUGUUAAGCUCAAUUUUGGUAUGGAAAAAGAGAGAACGCAUCCUAAUUUAAGACCUCUUUGCUGCUUGUUCUUCCCAAAAGUGGAAUGAGAUGUGUCACUGAGGGAGAGGCAGCAGUAGAGACUUCUCAGAAAAUUUCUCAUUGUCCCCAGGACUGGAUGUGGGGGUUUUCAGUUGCUUUUUGGUUUGAUUGUUCUACUUUUGAGCCCGUGAUCACGCUGUUGUAAGCUCUGUACAACCCACCCAGAGAGAGGAACCCUUCCUGCGAAGGGCACAUGCAACAGCAGUGAACGUGAGUUUGCUUUUGUAGAAUAGUAGCUAUUUUAUGAGGUACCUUGUGAUCGUUUUCCUCUUACUGUAUUCUGCAAAUACGGCCCUGAGCACACCGUCGUUUUCGUGUCAGUAGAGCCAUGGCUCUGCGGUUGUCGAGCGCUGUGGCGUGUUUUUCUGCAAGUGAUUGCUGUGCUCACAGUAGUCAGCUGGUCCCUGUACUAACCCCUCUCACAGUUAUCACUCUUCUCUGUGAUGCAGCUUGUUUUUAAGUAUUUAAACUCCCAGAAAGUCCGUUGUAGUGGGUAUUCAUGGCAUCGCAUCCCGCAGGAGUCCCUGAAGCAGCACGGAAGGGGUGUGCGGGAGCCGACGGAUGUGCUCUUCCGUCCUUUCUGCAGUUCCUCUGCCCAAAUUCGAAACCUUUCCAGAGGGAGAGGAGAACCAGCCCUGCUCCAACCCUGCAAAAUACUCAGGGGGGGAAAAUACCGGGGGGGUCCGAUGCCAGCAGUGAGACAGCAAACAGUGUCUAUGCUGACUGCAGCUCAGCAUAUGUUCUAGAGGCAGGUAAAAUAGAGAAUAUCUUUUCUUGAAAGUCAUCCUGGCGGGACUUUUUUUUUUUUUUUUUUUUUUUUUUUAACUUCCUGCAGUAUUUGCAGUGUUUUCCAUCUCAGAUGUUGUCUCCUGGUAAACACACUUUUGUUUUUGAUGGCACCCUCAGUGGAUACUCAGUUCAAAGGGACUCUGCACUGCUGAACAAACUUUAAAGAUCCUCCCACUGGGUUGAAAUUCUCAUGAAAUGGCUUUGUUGUUGUUCUCCCGUUGCUGUCGCUGCAGGCGGCGGAGGCAGGAGCACGAAUCUGGCUCCUCCGAGCAGCUCCUAUGCUUGCAGCUUGCCUCAGCUGCGGGGCUGCGAUGCGGGGGGGAGCAGGGCCCUCGAGGGGAGCCGAGGUUAAGCAAAGCUUUUCCCGACGGACACAGUUUCCCAGCCCGUGUCAGUGCUGCAGGAGCGCGGGGUUGCAUCAACCUUGGUGGUGGAGUCUGGGCCUUGCUCUCUGGGGAUUGCCGGGAAGGUUUCCUCUCCCUCUGCGAAGGUACCUGUGCCUUUAACCGAGGCUACAGUGUUCUUGGGCUGUAAUUUAAAAAAAAAAAAAAGAAAAAAGAAAAAAGAAAGAAAGGAAAGAAGGAAACAAAAAGCCACAUGUUCUGGUUACGCAACGCUCCGGGUGCUUGGGGCUAUUCUUGUGGGACACCAGCUUUUCCAUCAAGCAGUUGUGUAACUCCAUUUCUAAUGACAUCAAAAGGGAAGGCCAAGAACUGCUAGACCAUUAAGACAUUGGUAAUUUAAAACCGACUGAAACAAUAUUUCAUACUGGAGCUUAAGAAGGGGCAGCCCAGGGUGAAGCGGGGUCGGUUCCCUCCGGGACGCGGGCUGAGGUUCGCCAACGCCUUGGCAGAGCCCUCCACGCUCCAUCGCAGCCUUGUGUCUGCCCUGGGAGCCCCGCGAGCGUCUCUGGCUGGGAGAAGGGGACGGUGAGGCUGGAGCCCACGGCACGAGCUCGGCUGGGAGUCGUGCAGCUCCCAGCCCGCCGUCUCCUUGCAGAGAUGGGAAUUUCUCCCCCCGACUCUGCCGCCCGCGCAAGGGCAUCCUGCGAGGCCGAGUCGUGCUCCAGGGGCUCUCCGUUUGUGGUGGCUUCUCGAGAGGUUGCUGCUGCCCAGCCCUACCCCGGCUUUGCCCGUACUUGAGAAGUUUCUUCCCAGUUUACACUGUCCGAACUGGAAUGAGCAGCUGGGGGAGCGCGUGUGUGCACUGGAUGCUGCUGGGAUGCAAUGCCGCGGGUCCGUGAGGUUGCACUGAGCAGGCUGGGAGGAGGCAGCGGGGCUCGGUCGCGUGCGGAGCUGCCGGUUCUGCUGCGGUGCCGGCGUGUUGGACCAGCACGCUCGACCGCGGGACACAGCGCUAGGAAACGCCGCUGGGGUUAGGCAGCCCCAUGGGGAGCCGAUGUUCAGAGGAUUAUUUCAUUGCUUUUAGCCCAUUCCUUGUGUGAGAAGGGGUGUUACUUCCUCCAGCUGUUGAAGUGUUAAUGAGAAAAAAAUAUUUUUUUAAAUACUGAAUUAAUUUUUAAACGGCCUAAAAGAGACUUUAUAUCUGCACCUAAAUUAUUCCUGUUGGGUGACAUUCAUCUCGGCGCGGGGCUCUGUGCAAGGUCUCGGGUGCCAGCCCCAGCCCCUGCUAGCGGGACGUGGCGUUGCCGGGGUUGUCUGGGUCUCCUGCGCCGAGAUGAAUUUCACACGUAGGGAAGAUCCUUAUUUGUUCGGAGACCGGGUGAGGUCCGCGUUCCACCUAAAACCUUUCAAGGGGAAAGCUUUCAGUGGUGCGCCGACCUUGUGCUGGCCCACGGAACAAAAGCCGGGUGAAUUCACGUGUAGUGAAUAAUCUGACUUUCCAGAGAUAUCUUUCUUCUAAAGUUAGUACUUUUGUUGCUUUUUUUUUUUUAACACAGAAAAAGGAUCUUACAGAAGAAAAUCUAGAUUUGAUUUAAAAUUUUGUUAUAUUUGGUUGCUUUAAAAAUAUUUUACUAAUUUAAAUGUUGCUGUAGAUGACACUCUAUUUAUUUUAAGGGGUAAAUAUCUUUUAGUCUUAAUACUUCUACAGUAAGUGCUGUCUAUUUACGGUGUUUGUGUUCCUGUCAACACAGCUAUUCCACAACUGACCUCGUGCUGGUCAGCCAGUAGUAACUUAAUCAAAUUGCCUUGUAAAACAAGAUGUCUACUGCAAUGUAUUUUUUUCUAGUACUUCUUGAUUCUUUUAUGUCUGUGGUUAACAAAUCUGUUAAAUGUUUGGGUUGUUUUAUGUUUUGGGGGUUCUGUUUUUUGGGGUUUUUUUUAAACAAAGAAAGCUGAAUUACAA